CCCACUAUAUAACUGGAUUUGUUAUUAAGUCAUACCCAGAUUUUCAUGACAUGACUUUGAAGAGGGUGAAAUAAGAUCAGCCGUGUUUCUCUGAAACCCUCGAAUCUGAGUAAGCCACAGGAUUUCCCACAGAGAAUGAACGAAGAGCUCUUCCAGGAUGAAGAGAGGAGGAAGAUAAGAGAGGAAGAGACUCAAAGCAAAGACUAGGUUGAAAAUCUGUGUGGUACGGGCCAGAGGAGAUGGAAAGAGGAGCCAUGUGGCGUGUUAGUUGUUCGGUAAAUCCUAAACUGCUCCCGGAUGGGGUCCAGACAUGGGGGACUGUGAAGAAAGGACUGGCUGGAGGAGUUAAAGGGAAAAGGAAGAUGUUCUCUUUUUCUUUGCGAUGUCGGAUUGGAGUUAUCAGAGGAAGGGUUAAAGAUGAUGUCCCAUACACAAAGGGAAGUAAAGAUGCUGCAAGUGACAGUAGCGGCCUCACCAAGAGGUCCAGUCUCGCUGAUGAGCAGAGAGGUGUGACGACGGUGGAACUGAUUAAAAAAGAGGGCAGCAGUCUCGGCCUCACGAUCUCCGGAGGUUGUGACAAGGAAGGCAAGCCAAGAGUGUCAAACCUAAGACCAGGAGGUCUCGCGGCCCGGAGUGACCAGCUCAAUGUCGGCGACUACAUAAAGUCAGUGAACGGGAUAAACCUGUCCAAGCUCAGACACGAUGAGAUCAUCAGCAUGCUGAAGAACAUCGGUGAGCGUGUGGUGCUGGAGGUGGAGUACGAGCUGCCUCCAUUCGCUCCCAGCAAUCCCUGCAGUGUCAUCUCGAAAACUAUCGAAGUGUGCUUGGAAAAAGAAGGCAACAGCUUUGGCUUCGUUCUGAGAGGGGGCUUUCAUGAGGACUGGCAUAAGGCUCGACCUCUAGUGGUGACCUACGUCAGGCCCGGCGGACCUGCAGACAGAGAGGGAACCUUGCGAGCGGGCGACCGUGUGUUGAGCGUGAACGGUGUUGCUGUGAACAGACAGAAACAUGCUGACGCUCUGACCCUGAUCAUGCAGAGCAGCCAGGAGGCUUUCUUCCUCAUCGAGUACGACAUCAUGGUCAUGGACUCAGUCCAGAAGUCUUCCGGGCCGCUGCAGGUGGACAUCGCGCGCUCCGCAGGAUCAGUACUGGGACUCAGUCUCACUACCUCCCUCUACAGGAACAAACAGGUCAUUACAAUCCAGAAAAUCAAGCCUGCUAGUGUUGCGGACAGAUGUGGUGCUUUGCAUGUGGGAGAUAUUCUCCUGGCUAUAGAUGGCAUGAGCACAGAGCACUGCUCUCUGAUGGAGGCUCAGCAGCUCCUGUCCAGCUCCUCAGAGCUCACCAAACUAGAGAUCCUGCCCUCUCAACACAGCACACAUGACACAGUACGUGUCCAGAGGAGUAGUCAGCGCCAGUGGGACUCUAGUGAGAACUACACCAGCGCUCCUCCACCUUUCCAAAAAACGCCCUCAGCCUGGAGUCACACCACCCCUACACCCUCACACCGAUCUGUGACGUCUGGCAUCUCUGCAAACACAUCAGGCUUUCACAGUUACAACUGUGGCACUCAGUCAUCGUAUCCCAACACCUAUCCCAGCAGCACCCUGCCGUCCUACCCAUCCAGCCCUCGCUGCACUGUCACCAAGAGGAGACACCGCAGAAAAGACCACAAGAGCUCGUUGUCUCUGGCAUCGAGUACAGUGGGCGCCGGUGGUCAGGUGGUGCAUAUAGAAACCAGUGAGGUGGUUCUGAGAGGAGAUCCUCUUACUGGAUUUGGGCUGCAGUUACAGGGGGGAGUGUUUGCUACAGAACCCCUGUCAGCGCCCGCCUGCGUCCGCUUUAUAGAGCCUGACACACCUGCUGAAAGGUGUGGAGUGUUACAAGUCGGAGACAGACUUCUUUCUAUAAAUGGAAUUCCCACUGAGGACGGAACACUGGAGGAAGCCAAUCAGCUGCUCCGAGAUGCAGCUCUGGCCAAUAAGGUGACGCUGGAGGUGGAGUUUGAUGUCGCAGAAUCAGUCAUUCCCAGCAGUGGCACGUUUCAGGUGAAGUUGCCUAAGAGACGUGGAGUGGAGCUUGGCAUCACAAUCAGUGCAAGCAAGAAGCCAGGAAAACCUCUGAUCAUCUCUGAGAUCCAGAGAGGCAGUAUUGCACACAGAAUAGGAACCCUGGAGCCAGGUGAUCGUCUGCUGGCCGUUGAUAAUGUUCGGCUGGAUAACUGUGGGAUGGAAGAGGCCAUGAUGGUCCUCCAGCAGGCCGAGGGGAUGGUCAAACUGCGAAUUCAGAAAGAUGAAGACAACCUGGAUGAAUUAGAGUCAUCUGGUUCAGUCAUAUUCACAGUAGAGCUCAAGAGACAUGGAGGUCCUCUUGGAAUCACCAUUUCAGGCACUGAAGAACCCUUCAAUCCCAUCCUGAUCUCCAGCCUGACCCGCAACGGCCUCGCGCACAGGACUGGCGCUCUUCAUAUCGGUGACCGUGUCUUGGCCAUCAAUAACAUGAGUCUAAAGGGGAAACCUCUGAGUGAGGCCAUCCACCUGCUGCAGACCGCCGGAGACACGGUCACGCUCAAGAUCAAGAAACGAUCAGAUCCACUUUUGGAGUCGGAGAGGGGCAGCCCGUCCAGGACGGCUUCGUGCGUGAGCGACACGGAAGACGAUCGCUCGGAUUCUCUCAGGCGGGGUAAAUACUCUGAGCUUCACCGUCUGACCACGCCGCCCAGUCUAGAUUCAGCCAUGGACUCAUGGGAUAGCUCGGCCCUGGACGCUGGCUAUGGAAGUCAAGGUGUCUAUAUUCAUAGAGCAUCUGAUUUCACUCUUCACCCCAAUGACUGGAGACAGACCAAUCACAGGAGCCCGCUGACCUCCAGAAGACACGCCCACCGUACUGCAAUGUAUGAUGGGAGGCUGGGUGAAGUGGACUGGACGUAUUCUGGAUCUGUCAGUCCCGCGCGCUGUCACAACCACAACAAUACAGACGCUCAGGAGAGCUAUUGGUCACAAGCUCUUCAGGAUCUGGAGACCUGCGGCCAAUCGGAAAUCUUGCGGGAACUUGAGGCUACUAUAAUGUCAGGCAGCACGCUGAGUUUGAGCGAAGGUAGUGAGAAGCAGAAUGAAAGCAUGACCAAAGAGAGGACCUCAGAGAACACCGCUGUACCAGAGGACAUGAAGGACACCAGCCCGUCCAUGCCAUUAGAGCUUCAUAAAAUCUGUAUACAGAAGGAUGUCGACAGCAGGGAUUUUGGGUUCAGCGUGUCCGACGGUCUGCUGGAAAAGGGUGUUUAUGUGAACAUGAUCCGUCCUGAUGGGCCUGCAGACCAAGCUGGGUUACGGCCUUAUGACCGUAUUCUACAGGUCAAUCACGCACGGACUCGCGAUUUUGACUGUUGUCUAGCUGUGCCGUUGAUCACAGAGGCCGGAGAGCAUCUGCAGCUGGUCAUUAGCAGAAACCCUCUCGCUCAGAAACACAUUUGGCCACCUAAAGACUGUCAGGACCCUUCUGGACUGUCCGUGGUUUCUGCACAAAACGCAAGAAGAGUUGACCUCUGAUUCCCAAAAAAUGAGCAACACAAACACAGAGCACAACUUUUUCAAUUUUUUCCACACAAAAUGUUCUCUCUCACCCUCACAAGAGACACAUUAGCACUAUUAUUUUAAUAUUUAUUUAUUUGAUCAUUUUCAAGCUAAGUUCAAUGUUUUUGUCACAAGUUAGGAUCCACUGCUGCUUUUUAUGCUUUCAACAAGCCACAAAACAAGUGUAUUUGAACACUCACAGAGGCACGUGAGUUGUAUGUUCACCUUAGUUACACAAAACAUGUCAAGUUCAUCUUCAUACACGCCACUUUUGUUUCUAUUAUAAAUAAAUGACACUCAUUUAGUUUCUCCUGUCAGCACAAACUCUUUGAUCUGCAGGUUUUUACAAAACACAAAGAGAAACUUCAAGCCAUGUGUCGUCUGUUUCGACAGAUCAAAACCAUGACAGUUUGACAAUCGAUUUUUUUAAACACUGAUGAUGAAAAGCUCAGUGUUUCUUUCCCUCUUGAAGUCUUGACGUGAAUGUUUCAGGUGCAUGUGAUGCAGUGAUGUCUUUUGUGUACCGCAAGGCGUUUUACGAGGAUUUUAUGGCUUUACGUCCUGAUACAAUCCAGGAAUAAAUUCUGAUUUUAAGUGAUCUAAAGUCCUUCAAAGGAGCUUAUUUUAAGUGUGACUUUUAAAAGGAGAUCCUUCUCUGUAUAUCCUCUAUUCUGUGUACAAACCCCCUUUUCCUGGAUGUUAUGUAGAAUGUCAUGAAUAAGAUGUACAUUUAAUAUUCUUGGGUUUGAAAUGAUCAUUUCCUUUUUUUAAAGAAAAUAAAGGAUAAAAACCAAAGUGUA